AGCGGUAGUAGCAGCGACAUUGAGAUUGCGGAAGCAGAAGCAGAAGAAGAUGAUUGGGACGAUAGCAGUGAUGAUGAUGAUGAUGAUGAUGGUCGUUUUGACUUUGCUUCGUGCUUCGAUUUCUACGCUCGAAUUCUCGACACUGAGGGUGCCGAGAGUCGUUUCCCGGGCCACGCGUUUCGCCACAUUCGCCUCGACGACCCCAAUGAAGAGGCUGAGCACUUGAAGAAUGUGAAGAGAUCUGCUAGGUUUGUGAUCUAUGAACAGUACAGGAUGGGCAAUAAGAUGAAAUUGGUUAGGAUUGAGAAGGCUUGCUCGCAAUCGGUGAAUGGGUACAACUACUACAUCACGUUCUCUGCCGAGACUUGGCCGACCAGGCAAAUCAAGGUGUACCAAGCACAGGUUUACAUUAAUUUUAUGGGGCAGUUGGUAAAGACCACCGUUUUCAGGGAGAAACCCCCUCCCCAGCAGCAGAUGCAGCAGCCUUCAGGCAAUACAAUUCAGCAGGUGCAAGGUUGGGCUUGUGCGGCUUGAGGGAAGGAAGGAUUCCUACAACGGUCUCUUUAAGUUUAUUAUUUUGAAGUGUUAGAAGACACAUGCUUUCAAU